AUGAGUAGUACUGAUAUAUUACAACAUUUGCGAGAAACAACCGUUAACAAGGAGCCUAUAACGCUACUUAAAAGUGAUGGAGAUAAUCAAAAUGCAACAGAAUCAAUAAAAGACGCUACACAUGUAAAGUUUGGAGUUUCAGAAGAUGUAUACCCGUUAGAUAAAGUUACUAUCUUCUACAAUGAAGAUAAACCACAAACGUUAAGGGCGGUGAUAUUUUGUUGGUUACACGAUAAGUCAUCAAUUGUCGACUAUAAGAAUGAAUGUUUAGACUACGGCAUUGCAGACUUCAAAUUCUUGGUAAAAACCGAAUUAACCACAUGGUUGAAUGGUAAUUCAGAUACAUGUACUUUCAUUAGGAACGAAGGGACUAACAAAAGCACCGGUGCUAGUUCGGCUUCUAAUGUUGGUAAUGCAACUAAGGGCGAAUCCGUCGAUAGCAAAAAGCACAAAUUAGACGACCCUCAGAUUGAGCGGAUCUCACAACACGAAAAGGAGUCUAUAGACCAUAACGCUGCGUUAAGAGGAUCCAAAAAUAUCGACUUUGGGUACCUAGUAUCAGAUGCAAAGAAAUUUAUUAGCCAGUUGAAACGUGCCAAACCAUCGUCAUCAUCCACCCAAAACGGCUCGAAAUCUAACGGCCCAAGCGCUCCAAAGAAACAGCCAAUCAUUAUUGUUUCUCCAGCCAGUACUUCUUUAAUAGCAUUGAAUAACAUCAAAGAAUUCCUCGAAGAUAGCAAAUUUGUCGAGCCAAGUGUGACAACAAACAAAAAGCCAGCAAACGGUAUUGUGACUAUUCAUCAUAAUUUUGAAAGAUUAAUAUCUUCCGCUCAGAAUAUUAUGGUAGUUGAUAAUGUCGAUAUGUUCACUAAACCAGAAUACUGGGACCGUGUAGUAGCAAUUUUCACAACUGGUCAAACUUGGCAAUUCGCUAAAUAUAAAUACUCAAAGCCUGAACACUUAUUUCAAAGAUACGCCGGUUUUUACGUCAGUUACCAUGGGGAUGUUACUCCUAAACAGAUUAAAGAUUGGAAUGUGACUGAAUUAAAGGUUGAUAGAAGUGAUAAGAGAUUUAGAGACAAAAUGGUAGUGAGAGACUUUUGGGCAGAUAUUGAAAAGGUCUUGAUCGCCAAGGGAUACGGUAAGCAAUAA